AUGUCUAUUCAAUCGUCGACUAUUAAAAACAAGAAAAAAAUUAUAAGUCAAAUUACAAAAUCAAAUCAUAUUGAGAAUAUUAAACCGAUUGAAGUGAAAUGUUUUCUAGAUGAAAAUCAAAUAACUAUUGAAACUAGUGAAAAGCAACAAAGAGAUAUUACUGCAACAAUGAUGACAAUUAUACCUCAAGUAAAACGUCUAACAAUAAAUGUUCCAUCAAAAAAACCAAAUGUUACUACAGUGACUGAUAUGGUUGUAGCAAAACCAAUUCGUCAUUUAGCAAUAUUACCAUCAACAAAAGAACAAUCAAAAAAAGAAUUUACAAAACAUUCAACUAAUCUAUCAGAAACAUUUACAAUGUACGAUGGUCCAACAACAACACCGAUUGUUGGUCGUUCAAUUGAUGAUACAUUGACGAUGAAUUGUCAGAUACCAAUAAAUAUCGAGAUUACAACGGAUAAUACUAAUUUAUGUGAUAAUACAACAAUAUCAAGUGUUUGUGAACUUGUCGAUCAAACGAAAUUGCAACAGAAACCACAUUCAUUAAUUGGUCGUUAUCAAUUGUCUAAUGUAGACAUAUCAUCAAAAUCUAAUCCUUCUGUUCAUCUAGCUACUGUACAUUAUGAUGAUAAUCAACCAUUAGAUAUUACUAAUAAACACAUUCUUAUUCAACAAUUUUAUACACAACUAGAAAAAAUGAAAGCAACAUUUGAUAUAGAACAAUCUCAUCAAAUGACAACAAAUACAUUUACUUUUGAUAACGGUCAAGUAAGUCAAACAUCAGCUACGAAUCAAUUGAAAGAAAAAUCUACAGUGACACGUGUAUCAAGUGCAACUAUUCAACAUAAUAACAAGACACCUCCAAUAUCUAAAAAGCAAACACCAACAAAAAAUUCAUCAUCUCGAAUCCAAUCUGCACCAAUUACAAUGGCAACACAAUCAAAUAUAGAUAGAAAUUGUCGACGAACAUCAUCAUGUAAACAACGUCGUAAUGAAAAAAUACCUAUUCCAGAAAAAAAAUCUUUUCAUAUUAAAACUAAAUCAAAACGACAUUCAGAAAGUGCACCACCAAAACGUAUUGAUAUUCAUGGACCAGAAGUAACAUUAUUACCAAAUGAUGAACAACAAUGUCAACAAAUAUAUGAAAAACUUCAACGUUUACAACCACAUGGUGUUUGUGUUGAUCUUAAUACAUUACGUCGAGCACUUUAUCCACCUGUUGGAACUGCAACAUAUUCAUCAAAUCUUAAUAAUUAUGAACAGACAUCAUCAACAUUUAAGACAUAUCGUCAACGUACUGAAGAAAUGCCACAAUCAUGGAUGAAAAUUGAUGAUAAAUAUGUUAGUACAUAUAUUUCCAAACAACAAAAUAAAACUUCAAUAAAGUCGGAUGAAUCUAAUCUUAUAAUAACACCAGAUAAUACAAAUAUUGAUCGUAUUGCUGAUCAAGUUAAAAAACAUGCAGCAAUUAAUUAUAGUUAUUAUACAAGAACUAAAUGA